AUGGGCAUGGAAAUUCUGAUCACCGGCGCCGGCGGGUUUAUUGGCCAAGCGCUUGCCAAAGAGCUGCUCCUCGACACUCAAGUCUCAUCAAUUACACUGACGGAUGUGAUGCAACCGUCAGCUCCGUCGACCAGUUCAACUGCUAAAAUCACAACAUUAGCAUCGGAUUUGACCUCGCUCGCAACCUGCCAAGAACUAUGUUCAACCACCCCCUUCACUCACGUCUACUUGCUCCACGGAAUCAUGUCCGGAGCAGCCGAAGCCAAUCUCGAGCUCGGCCUGAAGGUCAACAUUGAUUCCAUGCGUUAUAUGAUGGAUACUAUACGCACCACGCGACCUGGCAUCCGAGUCAUAUUCCCAUCUAGUUUGGCAGUCUUUGGGCCUGCGCUCAAGGACAAGGUAACCGAGGCGACAAUGCCGCUACCACAAUCAUCUUAUGGAGCAGAAAAGCAAAUUGGCGAAACCCUGUUAAACGAUUACUCUCGGAGAGGAUUGCUCGAUGGAAGAAUUGUGCGACUGCCGACGAUUAUCGUUCGCCCGGGUAAACCGUCAGGUGCGGCGUCGAGCUUUUGCUCGGGGAUCAUUCGGGAGCCCUUGAAUGGGGAAGAAAGCAUCCUGCCCGUCCCCCAAACUUUGAAGCUGUGGGUUUGUUCGACUGGGACUGUCAUCAAAAACCUGGUUAUUGCGCGUGAUGUGCCGACAGAAGCAUUUAGUUCAGUGACCGGAGGAUCACGGAUUGUCAAUUUACCCGGGAUUACGGUCACAGUGAAAGAAAUGUUGGAUGCUUUACUAGAUGUUGGUGGACAGAAAGCAAGGAAUCUCAUCAAGGAGACGCCCGACAGUGCAGUUGAGCAGAUCGUGGGCUCGUGGCCGGCUGAGUUCGAUAUUACGCGUGCUGUUCACCUAGGGUUUCAGGGAGAUGGUGAUCUCAAAAGAACUUUGAAGGAGACGAAAGUACUGGAACCCAUCAUCGACUCAAUCAUGACAUCAAUAAAGAAUUGUACGAAAUACAUUUCCAUCACUAAAUAUCAGAAAAUUAUGGCAGCAGUCGAUUCCUUCACCCUCAAUUCUGGGAUUAAAAUCCCUGCCGUUGGAUUCGGAACGUGGAAAUCACCACCUGGUCAAGCGGCAGCCGCGGUAGAAGCUGCUUUUGAAGCAGGGUAUAGGCAUUUUGACUGUGCCCCUCUAUACGGAAAUGAGGCAGAAAUUGGCCAAGUAUUCAAAAAGACAAAGGUUCCUCGCUCUGAAUACUUUGUCACCACGAAACUGUGGUCUUCGGAUCAUCGACGCGUCGCAUCGGCACUUGAGAAGUCACUAUCGGACCUAAGUCUAGACUAUGUCGACCUAUACCUCAUGCAUUGGCCCGUCACACUAGACCCGUCUCCCAACGAUGCGGAAUACGGCAAAGAAAACCGCAAGGUACACGCAGCCGGAUGGGAUUUCCGGGAUACAUGGCGAGAAAUGGAAGCACUGCUUGCGACGGGCAAAGCCAAAGCUAUCGGAGUCGCCAACUUCUCAACUGUCAACCUAGAGAAACUGCUGCAAACUGCCAAGAUCGUGCCGGCUGUUAACCAAACCGAAAUUCAGCCGCUAUUGCCUCAGGAUAAACUACAUGCGUAUUGCGAAGCAAAGGGAAUCCACCAGACUGCGUUUGGACCCUUGGGCGGAUCAGGAAGUACCCUGCAUCAAAACCCCAUCAUCAACAAGAUAGCCGAGACACGGGGCACGUCAACGGGGAAUGUCAUGCUCAGUUGGGGGGUGCAAAAGGGGUGGAGUGUCAUUCCAAAGAGUGUAACACCUUCCCGGAUUGCACAAAAUCUGAGUGGUAAUUUUACGCUGUCGGAUAAGGAAAUGACAAGUAUGGACUCGUUGGCGAAGCCAAAGGGCAAGAGAUUCAAUCGACCGGAUUGGGGAACGACUAUCUUUCACGACGAUGCCGCGGUAGAUUUGGAAGAAUAG